UCUUCCCUUUGUAUUUGCCUUGUUCAUAUGUUUCAUUUCCUAGUUUUACUCUGCUAGAACGAAAAAAAAAAAAACCCUCGUCUCGUUCUCGUCUUUGCUCCAUUUCCUGCAAAAUUUCCAUUUCCCAAACAAACCCUAAAAUCAAUCCAAACAUUAACCGAUACGACGAUACAGAGACAAGACGGUGCAGACCGGGAAGAGUCUUCGAUGGAAAUUGUUGAAUCGCUGAGUUGAAUUGGAGGAGGCAUAGAGAGAGAUCUGAGUCAAAUCAAUUGAUGCACUAAUGGGCGCUGCAGGCUCGAAACUGGAAAAAGCUCUUGGCGACCAGUUUCCUGAAGGCGAACGAUACUUUGGCCUCGAGAAUUUUGGCAACACUUGCUACUGUAACAGCGUCUUACAGGCACUUUACUUUUGUGUGCCGUUUCGUGAACAACUACUAGAAUAUUAUGCAAAUAAUAAAAGUACUGGGGAUGCAGAGGAGAAUCUCUUGACUUGCUUGGCGGACUUAUUUACACAGAUAAGUUCACAGAAGAAGAAAACAGGUGUAAUUGCCCCAAAGCGUUUUGUACAGAGAUUGAAAAAACAAAAUGAGCUUUUCCGCAGCUAUAUGCACCAGGAUGCUCAUGAAUUUUUGAAUUUUUUGCUAAAUGAACUUGUUGACAUAUUGGAGAAGGAAGCCCAAGUGGCAAAAAGUGAUCUGGAAAGUUCAUCCACAUCUGAAAAGGUUGCAAAUGGUCCAAAACAUGCUCAGGCGAAUGGUCUUUCAAAGGAACCUUUAGUGACCUGGGUACACAAAAAUUUUCAGGGAAUUCUUACCAAUGAGACAAGGUGCCUCCAAUGCGAGACUGUUACAGCAAGAGAUGAAACAUUUUUCGACUUGAGCCUUGAUAUUGAGCAGAACAGUUCAAUAACAAGCUGUUUGAAAAAUUUUAGUUCCACAGAAACUUUAAAUGCAGAGGAUAAGUUUUUCUGCGACAAGUGCUGCAGUUUGCAAGAAGCUCAGAAGAGGAUGAAGAUAAAGAAACCUCCUCACAUCUUGGUCAUCCAUCUGAAGAGGUUCAAAUACAUUGAGCAGCUGGGUCGAUACAAGAAGCUAUCUUAUCGAGUUGUCUUUCCACUUGAGCUGAAGCUGAGUAAUACAGUUGAAGAUGCAGAUAUUGAAUACUCGUUAUUUGCAGUUGUUGUUCACGUUGGAAGUGGGCCCAAUCACGGACACUAUGUCAGCCUUGUGAAAAGCCACAAUCACUGGCUAUUUUUUGAUGAUGAAAAUGUGGAGAUGAUUGACGAGUCUGCUGUGCAGACAUUUUUUGGUUCAGCGCAAGAAUAUUCAAGUAAUACAGAUCAUGGAUACAUCUUGUUUUACGAGAGCCUGGGUGCGACUAGCAAGAGUUGAGAAGAGCAAGCUUUGGUUUUACAAGUAGGUAAUUUUAAUCAUUUGGACUGGAGUCAUCUUUUCCUCGACCAUCUGUUAUAUUUUGUUUUUCUUCUUUUUUUCCCCUUUUGUUCUUCAACCAGUGGGAAAAGCUCUCAAUCAUAAUGAUAUGGGUUGUGAAAAAUGUAUACUUGGUUUGUUUCCAUGUACAGCGGAUAAUGGAAGCACACUGUACUUUUGUUUUUUUUGUUUUUUUUCCUCAGAAUAAGAAGAAAGAAGAUCAGUGUAUAUGGUGUGAGGGAAUUACACAGAGACACUAUGUAUUCUUCAUGGUUGAGAACGCUUAAUCAGAACAUUAGAAAAUGCAAUCCAAUUGGAAUUUCUAGGAGCACUCCUGUUACUCAAUUCUGUUGUAAAUAAUUCUUAAAUACUGUUCCGUAAGGUCAACUAUGCUUAUUUUAGGAGGUUUCGACCUGCAAA